GCCUGACGCUGUUUAAUGACGUUCUCGGCGCUGAUUGGUAAAGGCAAGACACGUUGCAACCGAGCGCCCGUCUCCCCUGCUGCACGAAUUCUCUAUAAUGAAGUUGAGUCUCAGUAAAGUCACUAGCGGCGCCAGACUUGGGGUCAUUAGUAACUUUGGGCGGAAUGGGGACAAGACAUUGGAAGUACCAGGUUGUUUGUUGUACACGAAAACCGCGUCCCCGCCCCAUCUCACCCACGAUACUCUGCAGACUAUUGAAGGUGUCCCGGCCGUCACCCACAUCACUCUCUCCACUCUAGCGGAACAUCAGGAGGUGCUGGAGGAAUAUAAGGAGGGAAUUGGCAAGUUUGCAGGUCUGCCGGAUGCCGUGUUCUACUGCUCGACCCACGACCCAGUAUCACCCUGUCCCACCGGAUACAACACUAACAAGGCUGUGUCACUUUGGGGGUCCGGUGGCCGAAUUGAAAUGACGACCCAGAAGUUUAUUUCUGCUCAGCGGGUCCUGCGGCCAGACUGGUUCCAGUGUCUCUCCGAUGGGGAAGUGACGCCCGGAGGGAACUCCAGGAAGAGGAUUAAGAAAUCUGUCGAUCGCUCUCUGGUGUUUUUGGACGAAUGUCUUCAGCUUGUGUCUGAGCACGAGGAGCUGAAGCCGUGUGUUCUGAUUGGUGCAGUGGAGGGGGGGGAUCUGCUGGACGAGAGACUGAGGUCGGCCCGGGAGACGGCCAAGAGGCCAGUGGGGGGGUUCCUUCUGGACGGGUUUCAUGGGAUCUCAGCGAGGAAUGAGGCCAAACUUUCUCUGGUUUCUGCCGUCACUGCGGAGCUGCCUGAGGACAAGCCAAGGUUCAUUCACGGCGUGGGGCGACCGGACGAGGUUCUCGAGUUCAUCCAGAGGGGGGUCGACCUGUUUGACAGCUGCUUCCCCUACCAAGUGACGGAGCGAGGCUGCGCCCUGAUAUUCACUCACUGCCAUCGGCCGGACCCCGAAACUGCAGUUCUAGAGAAAAGUGAAACGAGUGACACCGAGAGGAAUGGGGACGUGGGAGCAGAGAUUGAGGAACCAGACGCGGAUCAGGCAGAAAUGACCCCAUUUGAAAUCUGCCUAAAGGAGAAGAGGUUCCGGGAAGAUUUCGGGCCUCUGCUGGAGGGCUGCACCUGCUACUGCUGCCGGAACCACAGCCGGGCCUACGUGCACCAUCUUCUCAUGGCAAAGGAGCUGCUGGCCGGGAUUCUGCUCAUGAUUCACAACUUCCAACAUUAUUUCAGCUUCUUCAGCUCCAUACGGGCAGCUCUGAGGGACGGGGAGAUAAAGGCCCUGGCAGAGCUCAUCCGAAAACAAAACUCCUGAGAGCUGGAAGCCGCCCCCCCCCAUCUGCUGGGGCCACAGCCUGUCCCAUUUGCACCCACAUUUUAUCAUUACAAACCUGUUUUCAUAAUUUCCUAUUUCUUUUAUACAAAAGCCUCAACCUUCAACCAACACAGUGUGUCCCCCCCCCCCAGUUGGGCCCUCGGGAGUCGCCCCCACAGUGAGGGAAGAGCUGUGACACCCGCCAGUCUCUGGCGCUUUUUUUCCCUCGUAAAUUUUAUAUAAAUGACUCGUGGAUCUUCCUCCCGGACAAUUGGACGAUGGUCACAUAAUAUUCACUGUCGCAAAUAAAUCUCUGCCGUGUCUGUAAGUCGCUGAUCAAUAAAAUGUAAAUGUCGCCUAAA